AUGAGAGCCCGUCCUAGAGAUAGAAUAGAAGCACAACCAGAGAAGAACAAAGGGAACUCUGUACAGAGUCCUGAGUUCAAUCUCAAAAAUUUCCCCUACUGUGUUCUGUCCCUACAAAAAAUGGUUUUGGAGUGCUACAUGGAGGAGAUAGUGAAGAACAAGGCACACCUCUUGAUAAAGGAGGGGGGACAAAAACAGCAUGAUGAAUUGGCUAAUAUGGAAUCUGGACUCAUAGAAACUAGAGUCAAAGAACACAAUUCAAAGAAGAAUGGGGGAAAUACUGUUGUAACAUGGCAGGCAUAUGACAAUUAUCAGGCUGCUACUAAUGGGAGAAUAUGGUUGAUUUGGGAUUCACAAUGGUGUGAAGUGAGCAUGGUGAGAGCUGAAGCACAGAUUUUGCACCAUGAAGUUAAAAGCAGGAUAGGAGACAUCAAUUGUUUUCUUACUAUUAUUUAUGGCUUCAAUGCAAUAGAACACAGGAGAUCACUAUGGGGACAACUGAAAGAAGUGGCUGUAGGUAUCAACAAACCAUGGCUUGUUACUGGAGAUUUCAAUGCAGUGUUGACACAAGAAGAUAGACUGUUUGGUAAUCCAAUUACUUACACAGAAAUCCAAGAGUACUCUGAAUGCAUACAUGACCUGCUACUAACAGGAGUUCAGUGGACUGGGGACUACUACACAUGGUCCAACAAGCAGCUGAGUACAGAAAGAAUAUACAGUAGAAUAGACAGGGCUUUUGGCAAUCAUGAAUGGAUGAUGAAUUGGGGACAUGUGGUGAUGCAGUAUGAUGAUCCCUAUAUCUCAGAUCAUGCACCUAUGUUACUAUCAAUGGCAGCUGCUAGAUAUAACACUAAAGUUUCUUUCAAAUUCUUCAAUGUAUGGGCUGAACACAAAGACUUCAUGAAGAUAGUUGAAGACAUAUGGCAGAACACUUUUUCCACAAAUAGUAUGGAGAAUAUUUGGAAGAAAUUGAAGAACCUGAGAUCAGACUUGAGGAGGCUUAACAAUGAGGAGUUCAAGUUUAUCAGACAAAAAAUAGAGAAGGCAAGGCAAGAUCUCAAAAACACUCAGGAACUAAUGCAAUUAAGGGACAAUACAGAUUUGCUUGCAGGAGAAAGAAAGUUGUUGCAGGAGCUGGAGAAAUGGUCAUUGAUGGAAGAGUGUGCCUUACAACAAAAAGCAAAAGCUACAUGGAUCAAACUUGGAGACUCAAAUAAUAAAUACUUCUCAGCAUUGAUCAAAGAAAGGACACAGAGGAAACAAAUUACUGAGCUAACAUCUCUUGAUAAUAGGAAGGCUAGAAGAUCCAGAGGAAAUCAGAGAUGA